GAAUUGAUACUGGUGUUGGCUACUGGUGGAAAUAUGAAACAUACUUUGAGAAUAAAAUGAAACUCACUGCCAUUUUUAAGACUGACAGCUGAGCUGCAGCUCGCAGUGUCUGCUUAUUAUGUUGAUGACUUUCCAUUUUGGAGCUUGUGAAAGACAGGCCAUUCAGUCAACAUUCACUUGGCUCCUGGGCGUAACAGGAUAGCACUUGAUGCACUGACCUUCAGACCAUCCUUCCACCGCCACCACCACCACCACCACCAACAACAACAACAACAACACACACGUUAAUACUCCUGUGCAGAUGCAGGCAUGCUCUAGGCCAGCUCCAUGUUCCACUCACUGUAGCGCCAGUCCUCUGAAGCAGUCUGUAUUGUUCAUUUACCUGCCUAAACCUUUUGGCUUUGUUUAACCAAAAGCAGAUGGAAUACAAAGAAACUUUCACACAUGUACUCUUUAUUAUGCAUUUAUUACAGUGAUGGUAUUUGCAUAAUGGCACAAUAAGAAUCUGUAUCUGUAGGGGGGAUGAAGUAAUGAGACUUGUUUCAAUACAUGUUUUAUGAGUUUCAUCUGAAGGUCUUUACUAAUGCUUAGAAAGAAAUUCAUUGAAAAUAAUCCCCCACUAGUCACAGUUAUGUCUGUGUAUAUAUGCCCUAUUAAAAUUAACUGCUAAUUACCUAUUAAUUUUAUUUUGUCUCUCAGCAACAGCAUGCCAAGAUGGCAUUCUUUUUAAAUAGGAGGCAUAUAACACAACCACGAUCUAAACUACAUGUUACAUGAUAUGCCGUUAACAGUAAUGUGCUCACUGUUCUUUUUCUGUUACCAGGAAACACUUAAGUCUUGCCGUGUAGAUGUGACUCUUACUCUGUUUCCUAUAGAUAAGCAGACUGUGUUUGUAUGAAAAAUGGUUACUAAUGAUACGAUGCUUUAUUUUUCCUCUCAUCUCCACUGGAAGCAAUAAAGUUUUUUUUAAAAAAGUGCCAUCAUACCAUUAUGAGACAUACAGUUUGCAGACAUGCACACAGUCAUGCACCAUGAUUCAGACCAUGUGAAAAGGAUGAGUUACUAAUAGCAAACGUCCAGGUCAGCAUGUGAAUGGUCAGCCCUCACUGACGCUGAAACCAUAGGACAGGCGUUGUUUUAAUGUUGUCUGUUUGUGGAUGUGGACUCUCAGAAUGUUCGAUUGCUUAGUCACCCAGGUGAGUGUGUCAGUAGGUAAAGCUCUACUGUCUCCUUUGGUGUAAAAGGCUGGUUGAGUUGCAUUUAUAUUGGCAGUGGUAUUUUGAAUUUGCAUUAGCAGUUUAGAGUGUGUUAAACUGAAAGCCUUCUUGAUGUUGGUGUGUUUCAUAUCAUUUGACACUGGUUGUGAGGGAUAAAAAAGAGCGCUGCAUUGUAACGGCGUUGCUAGGUAACAGCUUGGGUCCAAUAUUGUAUGAAUUGAGUGAGGGCCCAGUUUCUUCCUGCUGAGCUGUUGACAUUUGCAAACACUGCAGCAGGAAAUACACCUGGAAGCAUUCAUAAUGCAAAUGGAAGCAUCAUGCUGACCAGUAUCACUGAAGGCAUACUGUGCUGUCUAACUGGGAAGGCUGCUAGUCUGGUCUUGCCCCUUGAGUCAUCAGAACCAUCUGAUGGUUUCGAAUUUGUGGAGGUGAAACCUGGUAGAGUCCUGCGAGUGCGGCACAUCAUCCCUGAACGUCAGCCCGUAGUAACAGAAAAGCAAGUUGCAGGCAAGGAGAAGACGGAUGGCGACUGUGAUGAUGGCAGCUCCCCUCCUGAGGAUUUUAAUAAUGAGAGCAGUACUGGCAGCAGCGUCCACUGCAAGAGGAAGAUCACAGUCUACCGCAACGGCCAGCUGGUGAUUGAGAAUCUCGGUGAUGUUUUGCACUCUGAGAUCCUGCAGUGUCAAGAUGGGGAUCUGGAGCCUUGUAGCACCGUAGAGGUGGAGCUGGCUGAUUACAAAGAAAUACCCUCCUCCCCAGACCCCAACCCUGUUCCUCCUCCAGUUCCUCCACCCCUUGGGGAACAGAAACCUGCCCCACCUCCUCGCCGUCGCCGUCGUAAACCCAAGCGCACAGUGCUAAUCAACUCAAGGAGGGUGAUAUCAAGCUGCAAAGGAACACACUCGGACGUUGCUCUGUUCUUCGUGCAUGGUGUGGGAGGUUCUCUGGACAUUUGGGGCAGCCAGCUGGACUUCUUCUCUCGGCUUGGCUAUGAAGUCAUUGCGCCUGACCUGGCAGGGCACGGAGCCAGCACAGCCCCACAGAUUGCAGCAGCUUAUACUUUCUAUGCCCUCGCAGAAGACCUUCGUGCCAUCUUUAAGCGAUAUGCUCGUAAACGCAACAUUCUCAUUGGCCAUUCAUAUGGAGUCUCAUUUUGUACCUUCCUGGCCCAUGAAUAUCCUGAUCUGGUCCAUAAGGUGGUGAUGAUCAAUGGUGGGGGUCCCACAGCUCUGGAGCCCAGCCUAUGCUCCAUCUUCCAGUUGCCAUCUUGUGUCCUGCACUGUCUGUCGCCCUGUCUGGCCUGGAGCUUCCUCAAAGCUGGAUUUGCCCGUCAGGGUGCCAAAGAAAAGCAGCUGUUAAAGCAAGGCAAUGCCUUCAAUGUGUCUCCGUUUGUCCUGCGAGCCAUGAUGAGUGGCCAGUACUGGCCUGAGGGGGAUGAGGUUUACCAUGCCGAGCUCACUGUGCCCAUCCUUCUGGUUCAUGGAAUGUGCGACAAGUUUGUGCCCAUGGAUGAGGACCAGCGCAUGGCAGAGAUCCUCCUGUUUGCAUUCCUUAAAGUCAUUGAGGAGGGAAGUCAUAUGGUCAUGAUGGAGUGUCCUGACACUGUCAACACCCUCCUCCAUGAGUUCUUUCUAUGGGAGCCUGACAUGUCCAGAAAAGACAGCAACAAGACAGACACAGAGAAGACUGUUGCUCUCAGUGACACUGUCCACACCCUGAAAAUCAAUAAGCCUAUGGACAAAUAACCAACCAGGAGUCUAGUUUGAUCACAGAACCAAGCAGAAGGCCCUUUUCGGCAUGUGUGCUUAAGGCUGCUCCCAGGCUGAGUGCAGUUAUAAACAGGGCCACAUCUUAAGGAUGCAGACGGCCACUGGUGCUUAAAGAUAAAGCAGGACUAAGGCAUGGUGCCAACCAGAGAAUGGUGAAACAAAGAAAGAUUAGAGGGGUGGAUGCAAAUACACAGUCAGUUUCUGCUUUGCUUUUUGAUACCAGUUUGAGUUCCAUUGUGUCAUUUUACAAAAAGACACAACACCUGGAGAUCAGAAGGACUAAGUCCAUUCAUGAUUUGUGUGUGAAAUGUUCCUGGUGAAGAACGGACUACUGCCAGAUGCAAAAAGCAUAAAAUCCAUGAAAUGGUGUGUGAGUUUCCAUACUUUAUCUUAAAUAUUCUGUAAAGUAUUGCAGAGCUCCUGUUUUACCUUUACAAAAUGGUCUCACAUCUGCUUUCAGUGGAAAACUAGCAAAGAAAUAAUUAGGGAAUUGAGGAAUUACAGAUCUGAUUUUCCACUGUGAUGUGAAAGACAUAAUACUAAAACUUGAAUAUUGAUAAUAAUAGUAAAUUAUCAAAUAUAGACUGGAUGGUUUAAAGACAUGAAAUAUACAUGUACAUGCAAAAUGUAAUUAAUAAUUGCACCACAUGCAUACAUAGAUUACAUUAUGCAAAAAGGAGACACAUAAAAAAAUCCUUGUUCAUCUGCAAUCCAACCAUCUAUUAACAGUAACAUAAAAAGUGUAGUGUACACCAUCUUGAACAUAAAGACUCACCAUCACCACUACUGUCAAUACAAUUGGCUCAUCUGUUUCUACAUUACAGCUCUUAAUUUUCCAUAUGUUGAACUCUAAUAUAAAUUCUAAAUCCAAAAUUCUAUAUAUGUCUGUGUUAAGCACAACGUAACCAGUCAUAGUUGCAUGAAACUUAAAUAAUAUUUAAUGAGAGAUGUGAGCUGGUCGCAAAAACAGAUGUAAACAAACAUGGAUACCAAAAGAUUGUUCUCCUCUAUUCUAACAGCCAUUUCUUUAAUAGUAUAUAAUAUCCUAAGGAUACAAAGCACCAAGGCCCUGCAUGACUUCAGAAUAUGAAAAGGUACUGUAUGAGGGUUGAAUAUAUCCCAGUGGACUCCUCUCUAAUCAAAUAAGUGUUACUCUUAAUGUGUGUUAAGUAUUAUUUUGCUUUUAUUCUGAAAUAACAGCUACUGCCAUAACAAA